GACUUGCAGCCCGGUGACUUGUUCGAGCUCCCCACGGCUGCGACGGUGCCCUGCGACUGCGUGUUGGUCGAGGGAUUCGCGCUAAUCGACGAAUCCGAUCUGACGGGCGAGCCGCUGCCCAUCGCCAAGAUGCCGCUCGAGCGCCGGGCGGACGAGACGCUGGACCUGAAAAAGCACGGCAAGCGCCACGUGAUCUACUCAGGCACCACGAUUAUCCAGUCCGAGGGCCCCAGUGUGCCCCCGCCCGUGGCGGCAGCCGCACCCCUCUUCCAGAACGUCCUCCCCUUGUCCUCUUUUCGCGGAGGCACUAAUAUCAACAAGGACCGCGGGGACAACUCCAGCGUGCAGACUCCCACGUUCCUGUCUCCCGCCGUGACACCUGAUCGGGUGUCGAUGGUAGAGAGAGAACAAGCGGAACAUUCGCGUGGACCUCAUGCCAGCGACCACAGCGACCCAAACAACUCGGAUAGUGACAGUUCAAAUUCGCCUCGUGGGUCGCUCGGGAAGAUCGGCAAGAGCGGGUUCUUGAAAAGCAACGGCGGCGCCAUUGCGUACGUGAUGAAGACGGGCGGGAACACGUACAAGGGCGCGAUGACGCGGAAAAUUAUGUACCCGACGACGGUGAAAUACAAGUUUGAGGACAACAUGUACGUCCUCUUGAUCGGCACCGUCGUCGUGCUGAUGCUGUUGAUGCUGGUUCCCGGGAUCGUGAAGGGCGCCGCGACCCCGAGGAUGUUUUACCAGUACCUCGUCGACGGGCUGUACGACUCUUUUUUGCUCGCUUUUUUGGUGAUCAACCCCGGCGUCUUAGUCGGCCUGAUCGUCGCUCAGAGCAGCGCGGCCGCCCGCAUGGAGCUGAAGUCGGUGUUUGGGAUUCGCACGCUGGAAUUCAACCGGCUGGUGAUGGCCGGAGAGCUGAGCAUUCAGUGUCUGGACAAAACGGGCACCAUCACGGAGGAGGGCCUGCGGCUGUCCGCCGUGCAGGGGGUCAGCGAGGGGGGUUCGUCGGUGGAGGUGUUGGGCGAGCGGGACGCGCGGCUGGGCCUGCAGGUGUACAACGACAGCAGCAAGCGCACGCUGUUCGAGAUCGGGCUCAGCACGUGUCACACGGUGCAGCAGGACGCGGAGACCGGGGAGCUGCAGGGCAACGCGGUGGAGGUGGAGAUGGUCAAUUUUGCGCACGGGGACCAGCUGCAGUUUCGCAAGGGGGAAACCGCCGGCACGAACGGGAUCGAGUACUACGACGAAAAGACCGGGAGCCAGCACUUCCAGUCCGUUCGCCAGUUUGAGUUCGACGCCAGCGUGCAGCUGCAGUCCGUGCUGGUCGAGCAGUCCGCCAGUGCGAAGGACAACGCGUUCGUGGUGUUCACCAAGGGCUCCUUCGAGUCCGUGUCGAAGCGGUGCAAGCCGGACACCAUCCCGGCCACCGCCGGGGCGCUCGCGAAGGAAAAGGCACUCCAGGGCUUCUACGUCUUGUCAAUGGCCACGCGGCGCUACGACGCGCCGAGCCGGCAGUACGCGGUCGAGAAGGUGACGCGCCAGGAGCUGGAGCAGGACCUGACGUUUCUCGGCUUUCUGCACUUCCGCAACGAGAUCAAGCCCGACUCCGCGGCGGCACUGGCGGAACUGCGCAACGCGAACAUUCGGUUGGUCAUGAUCACGGGCGAUAACCUGUGGACCGGAGUGCAGGUGGGGCUGCGCUCGGGGCUGGUACCCGGCAACGCGGUCAUCCUCGCGGCUGACUUGGUAUCCAAUGCCGCAGCCGACCGGGCCACGGUCGCCGCGACGGGCCGCGCCACCACCCAGCAGCAGCUCGGCGGGCGAAAAAGAACGCGAGAUGUAGCGUCGCCCCCGCCGCAAAUGCUCCAGUCGCUCCGGGAGUCCCACUACGACGAGUGGGUGGGGAGCGGCGCCCCGGAGGUGGACGUCGACCCCCUGCGGGACAGUCAGGCCCAGCGGCCGGCGUUGGCAUCGGGCCUGGAGAGCUACGCGGAAAGCGAAGCGCGGGUCUCGCGGCCGAAGCCGUCGUUGUCGCGCUUGCUGUCCGACAUCCCGCAGACGGUGCUGCACUGGAACUACAUCCAGCGCGAGGACGAGAAGUACGCGGAUGAUUUUGCCGCGCUGAUCCGGCCGAGCGGAAGCUCAGCGUACCGACCGAAGCUUGGCUACGUCGGCGACGGCCCCGAGGUGCACAGGCCGGUUCCGCGGGUCGACGCCGCGCGAGUUCUUGGCGGUGGUCUUCACGACCGCACGCCGGCCACCGGGAGGGUGAAGCAGGAGGGCAAGCAAAUCGUGGUCGCGGUGAGCGAGGCGGCGCUGCUGUUUCUCAAGGCCGAGGACCAGGACUUGGCGGACUUCUUGCACGACAAAAUCGCGGUGUACGGCCGCGCAACCCCGGGCGGCAAAGUCUCCGUCGUGCGGUCCAUGCAGGCGGGGGGCAACAUCGUGGGCAUGUGCGGGGACGGCGGCAAUGACGCGCCGGCGCUGCGCGCCGCCCACGCCGGCAUGGCACUGUCCGGCGGCGAAAAGUCCAUGGUCGGGAGCUUUGUCUCUCCGAGCAGUUCCCUGUUCGGGUUAUCGGAGCUAGUGCGCCAGGGCCGGUGCUGCGUGGUGACGUCGGUGAGUGUGAUGCAGGUGGCCAUCCUGUGCGGGGUCGUGGGACUCAUUUUCCGCCUAAUAGUCACGCUGAUGGGUGGCUGCAUGGGAUUUUACGACCAGAUCUUGGCGGAGAUCCUGCUCGGCACCGUUUUUGCGGUGGUGGUCACCGUCAACGUGUCACCGGCUGCCACCGCAAGAAUCCUGCUGAAGAAGUACCACAGAAGUGAUGCGAAGCCAGACAGCAAGAGCUCUUGUAGUACAUGUUGCGGCGGAAGGAAUUCCAAAAGAGAUGACAACAUGCAGUCCAAAGAGCACGAGCCCACGGAGCACGAGAAGGAGGAAGAAGAGCGCGGCAAGGCGCUGGAGCGCGCCAAGCUGCAGCCGGGUGUGGUGUUGUCCUCUUCGCGGCCGAACGGGGAUUUACUUUCCUGCACAAAGGUGACCACUCUGGUCAGUAUCGCGGUUGCGUUAGCGAUCUUCGCCGCGGCCAUCUGCGUGAUGCACCGAUCGCAAAGCUGGAGUCAGAUCCGGUCGCUGUACGAAUUGCGGUUGGAGCAGCAGACGAACUACUUCCGGGGAAAUAUGUUUCCGGUGGGGCUGGCUUUCUGGUUCUACAUGACCAGCAUGUUCGUCCUGGUCACAACGCUCAGUUUCGACGCGCUGCGCUACCGCACCUGGUUCUUCAAGACGAUUUCCUGGUGGUUUUACGCGGCCUUCUGCUUCGCAGUACUCGCCAUCUACUUUACAGCCAACAACUGGUACAAUGGCUGGUUCAACAAGUUCAUCGACAACAAGCACGCCUGGCAGUACAUUGAGGAAAAUCCGGGCAAGUGGUUAAAAUCCAUGCUACCCGUAGACGUUGACGUGCGGGCCGAAUUUCAUUGGUUUCUGCGCCGCGACCCGGAGCAGGCUUUCACGGUCGACCCCUCAGCGUUGAUCUACACGGUCACCCAGCCGCUGCAGCCGCCCAUGCCGGGAAACGAUAAUAGAAGUAGUUUUGCUCAAACGUCGCCGCACCACGGGCCCGCAGCAGCUUUUUUGGAGCGGGAGGGAGAGGAGCUGCUGUUUGCGACUGAUGCUGAUGAUCCGACUGCUGAGCAGGCAGAUUGGUCACAUUGGUCCUCGACGAGCUAUGCGACUUCAUCUUCGCCCGAGGGUGCCGGGCGAGAUCGGAUGCAGGCACAGAUAUUGAGUGCUGGUUCGAGUAGUAGCUUCAUCCAGAGAAGAAAGAGAAAUAAGGUGAAAAUUGCCGUUGACGAGGACCCCUCUCCGGCACCAACGGGUCCGCCCCUCCCCCGGCCGGUGAAUAAUGGGGAGUCCCGCGUGGCGGACUACGAGGGCGCGGCCGUAGAUUUUGCAUCCCAAGACAUGGCAGCGAAGGCGAGCCAGCUGUUGGGACAAUUCUACGCCGCCGCGGCUAAAGUUGGGUUAAAACCGCCACCGUCUGCUUCCCCGGAAGAACAUCACACGCUCGUCGCGCAGAUCCACAGCUACCGAGAUCCGGAUAAUAGCAACACCAGGCCCGGGGCGGUCAGUGUGAUGCUGCCAAAGGUAGAUGAGUUGCUGUUCUCGCCGGCAAAUGGCACGCUGGACGUCUGGGCACAGAACAAGCCGGAUCUGGUGUACCAUUUCUGUCAGGAACUGUGCGAAGCCAGCUGGAAAGCGGGCGAGGAUGCGUACAAUGCCGGAAUUGCGAAAAACCGGUUUUACUGUUGGUAUGUGGCCGUGUCAAUGGUUCCCGGUUCAGACAGUAUGUCAUGUUUACUAGUUCCUCGGCUGGCCCAGCAGAGGCCUCUCGGGCCCGAAUUGGAGCCUUACGUUCGAAGCGUGCUGAAGCCAACCGGGCAGUGGAAUUUGGAAGCACCGCACAAGUACGACGCGACUGUGCCGCUGCCUUCCUACGACCCCCUGAUUAUCAGACCAGCAAAUGCAACCCUGGUCACGGAGGCAACGCCGUCGUGGGUACAGCUUUUUUCUGCUUUUGUUUUAAUUUGUUCGUACGAUUUCUGCGCUACGUUGAGUGAUCACCACAGUGCUAAAAGUUGUGAACCUUUUUUGGACGAUUUGGAUUUCGUCAGAAACAAAAUUGUUCGUCGCAAAAAAUCCUAUGUUUGUAAUCUUAUCAUCACAAAACAGACGGUGUUCUACGUGAAUCGGCACAACGUGAUCGGGUGGUAUUCUAUGACGACGCUCGGGGAGAGAGCGCCCGGGUCCUCGACUGUUGACCAGGGGUGCUGCGGGGAUGAGACGCAGGAAGGGACGGCGAACGUGAACCCCAGCGGAGUGCUGGACCGGUCCCUGACAAACACCGGGUACGCCCCAACGCCGGACUACUACCCCCGGGACGACUUUCAAGUGGAAGACGUGGAUUGGUACCCGCAGGCGUACAGCAAUUACCCCUCGGCGUGGCACACGCCCAACGACUACGUCGUGUACAUGAUGGGCUGCACCGCAGGGCUGUAUAUCGCGAUUGUUCUCAUUCUCAUGCUGCAACUGAUUCUAGAAAAGUAGAACGCGAACAGAGCUGUGCGGAUGGCAAUAGGUAACAACGUAUUCUUCAGCCUUUUCUCAGCAGGCAUUUUUCUUUUGGCGAUUUCUGGUACAAUGAUUUGACAUGAACUACAUGAUUUGAUAGCGAUUUUAACUUUUUACACGGUCGCGCUUAGAGCUCUUUGACCUACACGAAACUAAAACAUCAAAUACAACAACUUUGGAAUAUAACGCAUUUCUAUACGCUUACACGGCAGAUAUACUCGGAUUUUUUUGUGGAACGUAAACAUUCAAUCACUUACAACAUAACUUAUGACGCUUGAUUCGAAAAGACCAAGACGACACAUUUUUUUUUUUUCAUACGGAGAAAUUCAUACACGAUGAGUUCUAUCAUGUCUACAGUUUUGCCGACGCCCGCCCUGCGUACACCUUACAUGAUUUUGAGUUUAUCAUUAGCAACGAUUAUUCCAUCUACGUACUUUGUCCUGAUUGCAUGGCUCAGUAAGUGGGUGGAUCUUCGGUAAGCUAAAAGUUGACUUCUAACUUACCUUCUGUCCUGAGACACAGACGCCCGAUCGUUUCAGUGGCAGCUGCUGUAGAGCGAGGAUGACCUGCUCCUCAUUCGGACAUAAUGCUGACGCUGUGAUAGUCGACAUUUUGAUGCGCACGUUAAAUCAAUAUGUGUGCAAACUGUCGAUGUUGAAAUGAAAGACACAGAUGAGUGGCUUCAUUGCUUUCCCACAGCUAAGUAUGCCUGAAUGGUAGUAGGGGUGAGACGAGUCUUCGGGCGUGUUCGAAGAUACUAGUGAACAGAUUUUUUGCCUGUGCGAAAAACGCAUUGGUGUCAUGAGGACUGCACUGCGAUGCGCGACGAACAGAAAAAACAAGGACGAUCUCCACCUGACUAGGUAUCGGCUGCGCAAGGAUGAUCUCGCUACGCUCAAGCAAGAGAAAAAGAUCCGCGGCGUUUUUGAAGUGGUGCUGACCUUACAACUCACACAACUUUCUUUUUUUUUUCCCUGCCAUUAUGGUCCAUCAUCUGAAUUGUCUUUCUGGAAUUCCAUUCUCUCAUGGCGACCAUUUGAAUCGUAAAUGUAUUGCAUCUUGUCAACAUGGGUUCACUUUUACAGAUUUUCCGUUCACGCGCUCUCCAUUUAUUAAUUUUCCUCAUCUGAUGGACCUACCAGAUUCGUGUCUUUCCUAACUUUUUUGUUGAACUCAGAAACCCAAGAAAUAAAUGUGUGCUUGAUUCUGUAGCCGGAAAACGAAAAGAGCCAUCGGUUUUCAAAGCUAGCACUAGCGAAACAGUUCCGCUCAUCUCGUGAAAAAAAUAGCCUCUCGCUGCCGUUACAGGGUGGUCGUCGUCAUCGAUCGGAGUCUUACUAUUCCGAGCCCCACCACAAAACCUCGCCGAAGAUGAUGAUGCCAGGGUAUCAAGAUUAUGUGCUUACCUUUCCUCCGUGAUUUAUUAGCCGCCUGGCUGUCUAUGCAUGAAGAUGUCGAUGUGCUAAGUACCGUGCGCAUGCUUUGAUGGUUGUGCACGGGACCGAGUGUAUUAAGACAUUAUUGAUUUUCGUACAGGUUAGCUCGCCCGCCGCCGCGGGAGUACAUCCCGGCAAAGUGGAAAGCAGUGAUUCGGGGCGUCGCUUUCGUGAGCACCGUUGCCUACAUCUACACGUGCGGCGAAACUUUUGAUCAGGCUUUCCCCGAGAAUAUGAAGUUCGCUUAGAAGAGACACGAGGAAAACUACACGAGUAAAAACAAGACCUUGUUGUGCUCCUGGGCUCUUCACGAUCUGA